AUGAUGUCCUCGACUAGUGAAGAGGACCCCUUCCUCCAAGUCCAACAAGAUGUCCUCACCCAACUCCAAACCACCCGCCCCCUCUUCACCUCCUACCUCCGCAUCCGCUCCCUCUCCUCCUCCACCACCACCACCCCAUCCCCAGAACUCAUCUCCGCCCGCGCCGAACUCCAGUCCUCCCUCGAAUCCCUCUCCGAAGACCUAUCCGACCUCCUCGCCUCCAUCCGCGCAAUCGAAACCAACCCCUCCCACUUCAACCUCUCCCCAACAGAAAUCACCCGCCGCAAACGCCUCGUGCAGGAAGUAGGCAAUGAAAUCGACGACAUGCGCGAGGAGCUCUCCAAGACCUCCAGCAGUCUCCCAGACCCAUCCUCCUUCGCCGAUCUUGACAAUCCCGAAAGGGGGGAGGACUACGCCGCUCAGUUCGAGCAAGAGCAGCAGGUCAUGAUGAUGCGGGAGCAGGAUCAGCAUCUGGACGGAGUCUUCCAAACAGUGGGCAAUCUGCGGCGGCAGGCGGAUAGUAUGGGGCGGGAGCUGGAGGAGCAGGCCGAGAUGUUGGAGGUGGUGGAUGGUUUGGCGGAUAGGGUAGGGGGGAGGUUGCAGACGGGGAUGGACAAGAUGAAGUACGUCCUGAAGAGGAAUGAGGAUACGCUGAGUAGUUGUUGUAUCGGGGUGCUGAUAUUGGUUUUGGUGAUUUUGUUGGUGAUACUGUUGAUUCUAUAG